ACCCCGCGGCGCGAGCUGGGGAAGUCGGUGGGCAGCGCCCGCAGGAUGAGCUUCUCGGCGCCCAACGACACCCUUUACGCCAGCGCCAAUUACUCCGACUACUCUCUGUUCGACUACGACGCCUACGAGGUGCCGCGCGGCUACCGCGCCAUCCUGGCGCUCUACGCCGUCAUCUUCCUCGUGGGCGUGCUGGGCAACGGCGCCGUCAUCUGGGUGGCGGGCUUCGAGCUGCGGCGCACGGUCAACGGCGUGUGGUUCCUCAACCUCUCCGUGGCCGACCUGCUCUGCUGCCUGGCCUUGCCCUUCCUGGCGCUGCCGCUGGCCCACGACCACCACUGGCACCUGGGCCGCUUCGCCUGCAAGCUGCUGCCUUCGCUCACCAUCCUCAACAUGUUCGCCAGCGUCCUGCUGCUCACGGCCAUCAGCGGCGACCGCUGCGCGCUGGUCACGCGCCCCGUGUGGUGCCAGAACCACCGCACGCCGGGGCUGGCGCGCGGGGUCUGCGCGGCYGCCUGGGGCCUCGCCUUGCUCCUCACCAUCCCCUCCUUCGUCUUCCGCACCACGCGCAGCGACGAGUUCUCCGACAAGGAGACCUGCGUGCUGGACUACGGCCGCGUCGGGCAGCACCAGCGCCUCACCGAGCUCUUCAUCACCGUCCUGCGCUUCCUCUGCGGCUUCCUGCUGCCCUUCGUCAUCAUCACCGUCUGCUACGGGCUGCUGCUGAGCCGCGUGCGCGGCAAGGGCUUCGCCCGCUCGCAGAAGGCCUUCAAGCUCGUCCUCGUCGUCAUCGUGAGCUUCUUCGCGUGCUGGCUGCCCUACCACGUGGUGGGGCUGGUGCUGGCGUCCACGGCGCCGCACAGCGCGCUCUUCCAGCGCGCCGCCGAGGCCGACCCCGUGGUGGCCGGCGUCGCCUACAUCAACAGCUGCGUCAACCCCGUCAUCUACGUGCUGGCGGGGCAGGACUUCAAGGCGAAGCUGCGGCGCUCGUGGCGCGCGGCGCUGCGCAGCGUGCUCGACUACCUGGACUUCGCGCAGAAGCGCAGCUUCGCGCGGCUCGCCAAGCUGCAGCGCGAGCGCGCCGCGCUGCCCAUCGCGCAGUACCGCGCGCCGCUGCUGCGCGCCGUGGCGCGCAACCAGGUGGUGCUGGUGGCCGGCGACACGGGCUGCGGCAAGUCCACGCAGGUGCCGCAGUUCCUGCUGGCCGCCGGCUACGGCCGCGUGGCCGUGACGCAGCCGCGCCGCAUCGCCUGCGUGGCGCUCGCCAAGCGCGUCGCCUUCGAGAGCCUGCAGCAGCACGGGGAGCAGGUGGGCUACCAGAUCCGCUUCGAGAGCAGCCGCUCGGCGGCCACCAAGAUCCUCUUCCUGACGGAGGGGCUGCUGCUGCGGCAGGUGCAGCGGGAGCCCACGCUGCCCGGCUACCGCGUGCUCGUGGCCGACGAGGUGCACGAGCGGCACCUGCACGGCGACUUCCUCCUGGGCGUGCUGCGGCGCCUGCUGCCCGCGCGGCCCGACCUCAAGCUCAUCCUCAUGUCGGCCACCAUCAACAUCGGCCUCUUCUCCAGCUACUUCGGCGGCGCGCCGGUGCUGCAGGUGCCCGGGAGGAGCUUCCCCAUCACGGUCAUCUACCAGCCCAUCCCCAAGGAGGAGGCGGCGCCGGGCGGCAAGACGGAGCGCCUGGACCCGCGGCCCUUCCUGCGGGUGCUGCAGGCCAUCGACCACAAGUACCCGCCGGAGGAGCGCGGCGACCUGCUCGUCUUCCUGAGCGGCGUGGCCGAGAUCGGCGCGGUGCUGGAGGCGGCGCAGCCCUACGCGGCGCGCACGCAGCGCUGGGUCGUGCUGCCCCUGCACAGCACCCUCUCCGUGGCCGAGCAGGACAAGGUUUUCGACGUGCCCCCGCCCGGCGUUCGGAAGUGCAUCCUCUCCACCAACAUCGCGGAGACCUCGGUGACCAUCGACGGCGUGCGCUUCGUGCUGGACUCCGGCAAGGUGAAGGAGAUGAGCUACGACCCGCAGGGAAAGCUCCAGCGGCUCCAGGAAUUCUGGAUCAGCCGGGCGAGCGCCGAGCAGCGCAAGGGCCGCGCGGGCAGGACGGGCCCCGGCGUCUGCUACCGGCUCUACGCUGAGUCCGACUACGACGCCUUCUCCCCGUACCCGGUGCCUGAGAUCCAGCGGGUCGCGCUGGACGCGCUGGUGCUGCAGCUGAAGAGCAUGGGGCUGGGGGACCCGCGGACCUUCCCCUUCCUGGAGCCGCCGCCGCCGUCCAGCCUGGAGACGGCCGUGCGCUACCUGCGGGAGCAGGGCGCCCUGGACGAGGCCGAGGAGCUGACGCCCAUCGGGAAGCUGCUGGCCCAGCUGCCCGUGGACGUGGUGGUCGGCAAGGUGCUGGUGCUGGGCGCGCUCCUGGGCCUGGCCGAGCCGGCGCUCACCGUGGCCGCGGCGCUGAGCGUCCAGUCGCCCUUGCUGCGGGCGGCCCCCGGCAACCCCGAGCGCGCCACGGCCCGGCGGCCCCUCGAGAGCCCCCACGGGGACCCCCUCACGCUGCUCAACAUCUUCAACGAGUGGCUCCAGGUGAAAUCGGAGCGCGGCGGCAACUCCCGCAAGUGGUGCCGGCGGCGAGGCCUGGAGGAGCAUCGGCUCUACGAGGCCGCCAACCUGCGGCGCCAGUUCCAGGAGCUGCUCCAAGACCACCAGCUGCUGGAGGCAGCGUCCAGCCGGCCCAGCGACAGCUACAGCCGGCAGAGCCGGCACCGGGAGCGCCGGGAGCUGCACCGGCUGUGGCGGAGCCACGCCGAGACGGAAGGCCGCAAGCGGAAGGUGCUGCGGCUGCAGGACGGGGCCGGCGGCUCCUCCAGCGAGGAAGAGGAGGCSGGCGGUGCCGACCGGCGCGGGGAGCGCGGCAUCGACAUCCAGGACGUCAAGUUCAAGCUGCGGCACGACGUGGAGCAGCUGCAGGCGGCCGCGGGCGCCGCGCUCUCGCCCGCGCAGCUCGCGCUGCUCCAGCUGGUGCUGUGCCGGGGGCUCUACCCGCAGCUCGCGCUGCCCGACCCGCUCAACAGCGGCCGCAAGGACUCCGACCAGAUUUUCCACACCAGGAGCAAGCAGGGCAUCGUGCUGCACCCCACCUGCGUGUUCGCCGCGAGCCCGGAGCUGCUGCACGCCCAGGCGGGCUCGGAGCGCGCGGGCGCUGCAGCGGAGCUCUUCCAGGGCGCCGAGCUGAAGCCGGACGAGGUGAAAGGCGGCUACAGGGUCACCGAGUACCUCACCUACAACUGCCUGGCCAGCGACACGGACCUCUACGGCGACUGCCUGCGGAGCUUCUGGACGUGCCCGCACUGCGAGCUGCGCAUGCCCCUCACGCCGCUGGAGCGCGUGUGCCACGAGAGCGCGUGCCGGCCCGAGCACGGUGAGCCGGCGGGCGAGGCCGGCGGCCCGGCCCCRCGGGCGACGGCGCUGCACCGGCCCUACCGCUGCGACGUCUGCCAGCAGGACUUCACCUUCACGCCCACCGAGAUCCUCCGGCACAAGAAGCAGCACCAGUGACGCGGCGCCGGAGCGGGCAGCCAUCCCUGGGGCACGGUCCGGGCUUUGUGCCCUUGGUGUUUUUCAGGAAAAAGGAGCGGAAACGACCCUUUUCC